UGGCCCAUCCCAACAGGGUUGAAUCCUGCCCUGAACUUGGGUUACUCAGCAGGAUCGUUGCUUCCAAAGUGGGGAGAACGUGUGUAAAGAAGCCAAAGAGAGGACUACUGUUGCUGAGAUGAGUAGAAUCAUGGAAAGAUGUUUGCCCUAUUGGAGCUACUUCUUCCUCGGAUUAUUGCUCCUUCACACGGUGUGCACACAAUCUGUAAAAAGUUGUGUUGUCAGACAAGAAGUGGCCGAUUGCAGUCACCUGAAAUUAACCCAAAUUCCUCCUGAUCUCCCAACCAACAUCACAACCUUGAACCUUACCCACAAUCAACUCAAAAGACUGCCAGCUGCAAAUUUUACAAGAUACCAACAACUCGUCGUCUUGGAUGGGGGCUUCAACAGCAUCUCGAAGUUGGAGCCAGAAUUGUGUCAAAAUCUGCCUCUGUUGAAAGUUUUGAACCUUCAACACAAUGAGCUGUCCCAGCUUUCUGACGCCGUGUUUGCCCACUGCACAGGCCUUACGGAACUUCAUUUAAAGUUCAACUCAUUUCAGAAAAUCAGUAACAACCCUUUCAAAAAUCUAAAGGAUUUACGCAUAUUAGACCUAUCUCACAGUGGUUUAUCAUCUACAAAAUUAGGAACUGAGGUACAACUAGAAAAUCUCCAGGAACUUCUGUUAACUAACAACAAAAUACAUACCUUAAAAAAGGGGGACUUUGAUUACCUUGGGAAUUCAUCCUUGGGGAAACUCGAUUUGUCUUCAAACCAACUGAAAGAGUUUUCUCCAGAGUGCUUUCAGUCAAUUGGGAAUUUAUAUGGCCUUUCACUGAACAAUGUUCAGCUUGGGCUUGAACCCACAGAGAAGCUUUGUUUACAAUUAUCAGGCACAAGUAUUCAGAGACUUUCUCUGAGCAACAUCCAACUUACCAAAAUUUCCAACAUGACUUUCAGAGGCCUGAACCAGACAAAUCUCACCACACUUGACCUUUCCCAUAAUGGUUUGUCGGCAAUAGCUAAUGACUCCUUUGCUUGGCUUUCACACAUGGAAUGGCUUGGGUUGGAAUAUAAUAACAUAGGCCAUCUGUAUUCUCGCUCCUUUUAUGGACUCUCCAAGGUAAAAUACCUGAACUUGAAAAGAGCCUUCACUAAACCAAAAAAUGCCAUGUUUUCCUUUCCUAAGAUAGAGGAGUUUUCUUUCCAGUGGCUAAAAUGUUUGGAAUAUCUUAAUAUGGACGAUAACAGCCUUUUGGGCAUUACCACUGAUAUGUUCACAGGAUUAACAAGUCUGAAAUAUAUAACCUUGUCCAGCUCCUUUGCAAAUUUACAGACUCUGACCAACGCUACCUUCUCAUCCCUUGCUUAUUCUCCCUUACUUACUCUUAACCUGACUAGAAACAAAAUCUCUCAUAUAGAAAGUGGUGCAUUCUCUUGGUUGGACCAUUUAGAGGUCCUGGACCUGGGCCUGAAUGAAAUUAGUCAAGAACUUACAGGCCAAGAGUGGAAAGGUCUGGAAAACAUCAUGGAGAUUUACCUUUCUUACAAUAAAUACCUGACAUUGACCAGUGACUCGUUUGCUUCAGUCCCAAGCCUCAAAAGACUGAUGCUCCGAAGAGUAGCUUGCAAGCAGCUGGACGUCUCUCCAUCCCCAUUCCAUCCUCUUCGAAAUCUGACCAUUCUAGACCUCAGCAACAAUAACAUUGCGAACAUAAACGAUGAAAUGUUAAAAGGACUCAAUCGGCUGGAAAUUCUGGAUCUUCAGCACAAUAACUUGGCUCGGCUUUGGAAAUGUGCUAAUCCUGGUGGACCUGUUCUUUUCCUGAAAGGUCUUUCUCACCUCCACAUACUUAAUUUAGAGUCUAAUGGCUUUGAUGAAAUUCCAGCAGAUGUCUUUAAGGGUUUGUCUCAGCUAAGGGUAAUUGAUUUAGGAUCAAACAAUCUGAAUUUACUUCCAGCUUCUCUGUUUGAUGAUCAGACAUCCCUGAAGUCAUUGAGCCUGCAGAAGAAUCUUAUAACAUCUAUUGAGAAGAGUGUUUUUGGACCGGCUUUCCAGAAUCUGAAUUCCUUAGAUAUGAGUUUCAAUCCAUUUGACUGCACCUGUGAAAGUUUGGCUUGGUUUGCUAGCUGGCUUAAUGAGACUCACACAGAAAUCAAGGAUCUGUCCAGUCAUUACCUCUGCAACACCCCACCACAAUAUCAUGGUACCCCAGUGAUGCUCUUCGAUAUUUCCCCCUGCAAAGACAGUGCCCCUUUUAAGCUACUCUUUGUGAUAAAUACCAGUUUCCUAUUCACUCUGAUCUUUGUUGUCAUGCUUGUCCACUUUCAAGGCUGGAGAAUAGCCUUUUACUGGAAUGUCACUGUACACCGAGUCCUUGGCUUCAAAGAAAUUGAUCACCAAGAAGAAAAGCCCGACUACACGGCCUAUGUGGUCCAUGCCCGAGAAGAUGCACGGUGGAUCUGGAAGCAUUUGUCUCGUAUGGAAGAAAAAGACCAUUCCCUCAGAUUCUGCCUGGAGGAAAGGGAUUUUGAAGCUGGUAUACCUGAACUCGAAGCAAUUGUCCACAGCAUAAAAAGGAGCAGGAAGAUUAUUUUUGUUGUAACACGAAAUCUCUUGAAAGAUCCCUUGUGUAAAAGGUUCAAGGUACACCAUGCUGUCCAGCAAGCAAUUGAACAAAAUCUGGAUUCCAUCAUCCUGAUCUUUCUUGAAGACAUUCCAGAUUAUAAGCUGAAUCAUGCCCUUUGUUUAAGAAGAGGAAUGUUUAAAUCUCACUGCAUCUUGCAUUGGCCAGCUCAGAAAGAACGUGUCCUUGCAUUCUACCAGAAAUUACAAGUAGCACUUGGAAUGAAAAAUAAAGCACACUGAAUGUCUUUACCUUAAAGACGAUCUCCUUAAGUCCAGAAUAAAUUGGAGUUGUACUGUAAGUUGGAGGGGGCAAUCCCUUCCACAAUUUGUUUACAUUUUUUUAUUCUU